AUGAAGUUCACCAUCAUCCUCCUCACCUUCGGCACCACCACUGGCGUCCUCGCCGCCGACCUUGUCGACUUCUGGACCGACGCUAACUUCCUCGGCCUCAAGCACACCGGCCAAGGCAACGUUGGCGAAUGCAAGAACCUUCCCGGUGACUUCAACGAUAGAAUCUCAUCCGCCAAAGCCCGGUCCGGCUACAGAUGCACCGUCUGGAUCGACGCCAACUGCAACACCGGCACCACCGGCUAUAGCUUCGAUACCAGUUCGGGCUCGAGCUUCCCUGGAUGGAUCAACGAUAAGGCUAGCAGCUGGAAGUGUGUUAGGGCUUGA